UCCCCAUUUUUUUUUUUUUUGUGCAAGUGUUGCUUUGGCUGCCCAGUUUUUUCCUAGAAGCUAGUAACCUACGCGAAAUGUCUUUCAACAUCUCGAGCUCGUUUGUGUCUAGAGAAGUACUUGAUGAACAAGGCAAUGCCAAACAAAUUGAAUGGGACAAAGUGCGAUCCGAGGCUGAGCAAGAGGAUACGAACACCAAUGUUCCUAGUGAGCCCUAUGAUCCUCGAACGCUAUAUGAGCGUUUGCAAGAACAAAAGACGCUCAAGGAAGACGCUCUCAAGGAAGCUAUGCGAUUCAGUAAUUUGGUCAAACGAGUGGACGACGAAGAAAUGGAGUACUAUAGAACACUGGGUGAUACACAAUUCCAAGCUGAGCUUGAGAAGAAAAGGCAAGAGAUGAAGCAGCUGGAAGAGUACCGCCAAGCUGUCGGACAAGCUAGCGGUCCAGUGCCUGCGGUCAGUCUAAUGAAGAAAGAUAGUAAUGACAAUGCCAAGAAGGAUACACCAGCAGUGAUUAAAGCUCAAACGAAGAACAGUAAAUCAACCAAGGACCUGCUGCAAGGUGUAGUUGUAUCCAAAAAACGAAAAGGAGAUGACAAAAGUGAUGAAAAAUCUGCAAAGCGAAAACAUGUGGAAAGCAGGGAGGUCACAGCUAACAAAGAGGAGAAGACCGCAACGAAGCCGCUAACAACCAAGCUACCACCGAUUCAGUCUUUGGUUGCAUAUGGAGAUGACAGCAGUAGCGAUGAAGACUAGUUAUACCCCCUCCUCCUCCUCCAAAUUACGGAGACGCAUCGCUACUGUUUUGUAGCAAGCAGUUGUAUAUGAUCGCUAUCUUGCAUACAAUCAUUCAAUGUCAAUGUGUACAUUUUUAGAACAACAACGGAUAUAAUAAAACAUUUGAAUGGCGAAAUGUUGCACCACAUCACCUCACGAG